GGGCGGCAAGUGGGUGUGGCCGGUGGGUGGCUGACAUAAUUAGCAUAGCCCUUGGGUACUUGGAAAAAACCCCGAAAAUACCUCUCAACACAUAUGUCACACCCGUCACCGUUUUUCACGUGAACUUACGCGGCUACCUGAGUUUGCUGCCUAAGUCUUUUGUUUCCCUUUCGUCCUGGAAAGAGGUAUGUCAGGCCAGGUAGUCCUCUAAAUAAUUCUAUAUAAAAGCAUGACACUUUUCCUUGGCAUAUUAGUUCUCUUAGAGUCUUGGAAAUAUGCGUUGGUUCUGGAUAGUCCUUUCCUUAAAUAUUCUGUGCCUUGCCAGUGCCUUUCCGACAAGGUCAAGCAACGAUUUGGAUACAGAUAGUCCAUGGUUGAAUAUAUUGGCAAGUAUUGCCAGGAAACUAGAUGAUACCAUACGCCCAGAGUCCGUGAAGGUGCCAGAUAAUAUUCCCAAAGAACUCACUCAGAUGGCCCAGAGAGCUGUUCACUUUCUUGGCAACACUUGGGAGUCAUUGUUGAGCUUCCGAGACAAAUAGACUGAUAAUUCCACACUGUAGAAUAUAAAUGUAACUAGUUUAAAAAUAAAGAAAUAAAAACAAACCGAUAAGGAUUGAAUCAGAGUUCUAUAAAGCUACGCCAGAGACUCUACAACUGCCCAGUUUAUUAGAAACAAUUGCGAAAUGCUGUGCAAAGUAGUACUCGUAGUUUGUAUUUGUUCUCUGGCCCUAGCCAGAGGCACUCCCCAAAGCCCAGAGAACCAGAACUUUUGCGAGUUUCUCGCAAAUUUCGAAACCUAUCGCGGGGAGGUGUGGACCAGAUUUGUGGAGAUCUUGAAAGCCACCCUGACCAGAAUGGUCAGCGCAGUGCCCGACUGCCCCGAUUGUAGGCAGUACGUAGCCUUCCUUCAGGACUAUAUAAGUCGUGGCGAUGCCAUCAACUCUUCGAGCUCCACUGACCAGAAAAUAGAGUAUGCCAAGGGAUUCUCAGAAGCUAUGGACAGAAGAUCCUCCCUAGAUCUGAGUUCCUACAACAACGAAACGGCCCUCAAAGUAGCCAUGGACUAUGCCACCCAGUUGUUCGCCGAGUUCUCCAAAUUCCAGGAGAAACUGAUAGCCGCGGAGAGUGAAUUAAAAAGAAAAGUGGGCCAGGAUGUUGUCUCAAGGGAGGUGGAAUUUUUUGAACUCUUGAGGACCUAUGGAGUAGGUACUCUCUAUCGGAUUACGAGGACUAGACGCGAGGUGGUUGCCAAUCGAAUCUUGUCGUUCAAGCAGCAGUUUCAGUGUGCCUGAGAUUUAAGAUUUCAAGUUAAGAAAUGGAUGAAAUAAAAAUAUACCCUCUCGAUAGGGUAUUCGAGUUUA